GAGGCGCCCCAUACAGGACCUCAAUGGGACAGGCGAGUGGGCCCCAGCUGAGGGCGGAGGAGAUGCAAUGUUGGUCACAAGCGGAUGGACCGCAGAGUGACAAGCAGCAGGGGGCAGCUUCUGUUUUUAGGCAUUAGCUUGUACGAAUGUCCAAGAUGCAACUGUGCAGGGAACAAGCAACGCCGCCUUUCUGUCAAAAGCUGCAACGCCUUCUGCAGAAGCAUCGUGCAAUCAGCCAAGCCGCCGCUAUGUUUACCUUCAGAUCAGAACUGCUUCAUUUGGAAGUCAGCCAUCAUUGACAGGAAGUAGCUUACCCCUCACCAGGCCAAAACGCUUUCAUGCCUCCUCUCGCUAUGCAACCCCCCCAGAGGGAUAGCACAGGGCCUUCGGCCUUUGUUGUGCCACCAGAGGGCACUGUUAGCAUUGUUAUGACUGCAUGGAUCACAUGACCCGCUGGCGCUGGCUUAAACUUGCAAAGCUUUUAGUCGGAAGAAUUUGAUUUUUUUUUUUAUACAAACGUCAACUAAAACUGAAGGAACAAACUAACCCAGAUUUAACCUUGGCACUUUGAUCGACCAAUAACAAGAAUGUACGAGAAUGCACUCACUGUGAUUGACAGCAUGUAGCCCCGCCCCCGGCAUGCCUCAGCAAAACUCAUUGAGAUGCGACGCACGCUGGCGUGCGCGUGCGCAGGAAGCUUUUUUUUCCAAUUGUUUUCUCCCAUUUUCUGUAAACAAUAACACACACAUUAGCGCCGAGCAUUCAGCUGACACAAAUUUGUCAUUUGGAAAGAACAAAUCACAGGCUGUGUCUCAACUGGAACACUUGCAUCAGUACACUUAAAUAAGUACACUGAGUACACAGUGUACUUAGUUCCUGAGUAUGUGAAUAAUGAGAGAUUAGUGCUGUCCAAAUCCAUAACUGUCGUCGUAUAGUUACCAUCAUCUUCAUUUUCUGUUUUUUUUUUGUAUUAUUGUCUUCCUGUUCUUGGUCUUCUUCUCUCCUUUUCAAUGGUUAAUUGCAACCACUCGACAGAGCAUCAUCACAAACAUUUGGAUCAGCCCAUCUGCCAGCUUGUUUUCCAUUUGAACACAAUGAACUCAUUUCCAGCAUGAUUUCAAGUUUGGGAAGUUUUGGUGGUCCCUCACUGCAACAUCCAGGUAGUGACUGUGUACUGCUUGUUGCCAAACUUGUGAAGACACUUAUUGCACUCACAAGACUAAGUCUAAGUAAGUACGCAAGUUGACCAAUUGACACACAGCUUGAGUCAACAUUUAAAUGUUGCGCAAAAGGCCCUAAUGUUUAGCACGACUCAGCAGUAAGUCAGCUUGUGCUCAGGCCUCAUUGGUGGAGGAGAGGAUGCUGUGAAUGUUUGAAAGUUUGCGAAGGGGCGGCCAGGCGUGUUACAGCGUGUCUUAUAAUGUCUCUUUGGAUGUUUUACCGACACAAAUCUGUCAAGUUAUCCAGUGAAUAGGCCUUAACAGUGACUUACUUUUUUAAACAGAAAGUAGAAACACGAUCAUUGACAUUGCUGGUUUUAAAAAGGUGAAAAACAUGUCAAAGGACUUUUAAAAAGCUGUUAACAAAAACAAACUUUUUUUUUAGAUGGUUUUAUGCAAUAAAGAGUCACAAUGCAGUUCUAGACUCUGCCAGUUGGGGGAGCUUUUGGUGUUAGGGAUGAGCUAAAGGCCAUAUUUCCUAUUGUCGAUAUUUUUACAGACGUUUGCUUUUAAUUGUUAAUGUUUCCUGUUGCUUUUAGGCUGAAGUGCGUGUUCAUGUUGAAGUCUUUGUCAUAAUUGUAAUAAGCAGGGAAUGUCACGUAUCUUGUAAAUACGUUUGCAAAGCAGCUACCAGAGAUUUAUAAAGAAGCUGUAACUUGACAUUAUUUUGCAGAAAAUAAACCCAAGUGUUUAUAUAUACUAUUCUAACCAAGUUUUAACAUUCAGGGUGAAGCUCGUCGGUUUGCUGCUGCGUCAGGCACACGCAACAGUACCGCUCCUUCAAAAUAAAGGUAUAAUAAAAACAAAGCGUUGUGAUUGAACUAUAAAAAAAAAGUAAACCAUGCCCAUUCAUCAUUCAGCACUUCUCACAAACAUUAAAUGUUAGGUUUCCAUGGGUUAACAUUCGUUACCGGACACACCUUUUAUUUUGUUAAAAAGCUUGGGCGGAAGCGAGAGCGACACUGCUGCUGUCUUGACCUCUUGCAGCGAUUCACAGAUCAAACAUGGACGUCACAUGUGAGCCAAUGACCUAAACAUGAUCGUCGCUGUCUUCUGUGGGACGAACCAGCAAAUAAGAGCAGGAAGAUGAACAGGAAACAGCCAGAUUGUGUCCUUCCUGUUUGCCCACAGACCUUUGACCCUGCUGGAUCGUUCAGUUCCUCCUCCCGCGUUGCUAUGAGACGGGACGAUCAGCGGCAUGACAGAGGAGAAAUGUCCCCAGCUGGUGGACUACUUUGUGGUGGCGGGACUCGACCCCGCAGGGCCCUGGAGACCCCUAGACGACGAUGCCAAGACAGUCUCCUCACUACCGUCACCAGGCCGGGCGGUAGAACCUGUGACUGACCUGGCGGUGAUAGCUCGAGGGCUGGGGGAGGAAGUGCCUGAGGGCUUCACAUGCAUCGACAAGUCGCUGGGUGGACACUCGGCCGAGCUGACCGCCGGCCUCAUCAACAACCCCCACCUGUACCUGUGCUACAGAAGAGGGCGGGACAAACCCCCCAUCCUGGACCUAGGGGUGCUGUACGAGGGCAAGGAGCAGCUGAAGUCGGGCUGGUACGUCAUCGACACCACGCCCUACAGUCGAUCAGCCAAUCUGAGCUCCGGCGCUGGACCGGCGGCGCACCGUGUCUUCCUGACAUACCGGCGCGCUUUGGACUCGCAAGGCCUGCACUCGCUGGGCGUGACGGACAUUGGCGUGAUGCUGCCCAGCAAGGGUGAGGUGGCGCCACACACUUUCUGUCGUGUAGACAAGAACCUCAACAUAGGCAUGUGGGGGGCCGCUGUGUUUGUGUGCUACAAGCGAGCCGUAGCAAAAGCCAACGCUUUGGUUUAUGAGGCUGGUCUGCUUAGCCGCUACCCUGAAGACGACCAGGAAGCCUUCCCCUUGCCAGAGUCAGUGCCCGUCUUCUGUCUCCCCAUGGGCGUGGCUGUAGAGAGCUGGCCUCUGAACGCCAAGUACCAGCUGCCAGUCUUUUCCACCUUUGUGCUCACCUCUGCCUCCGGAGACAAAGUGUACGGCGCUGCCAUUCAGUUCUACGAGACGUUUCCAAGGGAGGUUCUGUCAGAGCGACAAAGCGUGCGACUCGGCCUGCUCAGUGUGUUGGACCGCCGACCCAUUGCAGAGCGCACCCUGCAGGUGAAGAAGAGCAUCUGUGUGCUGUCCCACUGGCCCUUCUUCACCGUCUUCCAGAAGUUUCUCACCUUUGUCUACAGAUACUCCAUCUCUGGUCCACAUGUCCUACCUUUGGAGAAACACAUCUCCAGCUUCAUGCACAACGUUCCCUUUCCAUCCCCCCAGCGGCCUCGCAUCCUUGUUCAGUUGUCCCCAUAUGACAACCUUCUUCUUUGCCAGCCCGUCUCCUCACCGCUACCCCUCAGUGGGGCGAGCUUCCUGAAGCUGCUGCAGAAUCUGGGUGCAGGGAAUACAUGCACGCUCCUGCUGGCUGUGCUGACAGAACACAAAGUUCUACUGCACUCACUGCGUCCUGACGUGUUGACGGCGGUCAGCGAGGCACUGGUGUCCAUGACGUUUCCACUGCGCUGGCUGUGUCCCUACAUCCCGCUGUGUCCUCUCCAGAUGGCAGAAGUGCUGCUGGCGCCGGUACCCUUCAUCGUCGGCGUGCACUCUAGCUAUUUCGACUUCUACGACCCCCCUGCUGACGUGGUGUGUGUUGACCUGGACACCAACACUGUGUUCCAAUCUGACGACAAGAAGCCAUUAUCAUGGCGAUCGUUACCAAGGAAACACAGCAAGACUCUUUUCAACACCCUCACCAACCUUCACAAGACGCUGGAGAAGAUUUGCUACCCCAGCCAGGAGGAAGCAACGCUGGAGUUCCUCUUGACAGAUUUUGACCAGAUCUACCGGCGCCAGAAGCAGCUGGAGUUGGAGAUCCAGGAGGCCUUUCUGCGCUUCAUGAGCUGCCUGCUACGAGGUUACCGCUCCUUCCUGUUGCCAAUCACACAGGCCCCCUCUGACACUGCCACCGACUGCAGCUCUCUCUUCAACCUCCAGGGCUUCCUGAAGUCUCGCGAGCGCACCCAGCAAAAGUUCUUCUCACAGCUGACGCGGACGCAAAUGUUCACGCAGUUCAUCGAGGAAUGCUCCUUUGUCAGCGAACGCCACGUCUGCCUUGAGUUCUUUGAUGAGUGCGUCCAAAAGGUGGACGUGGAAAAACCGGAGGAUGUGCGGCUUAUCGACUUGGACGAGACUCCCUGUGGAGAACACACAGUCUUCAUCAUGCCGCCAGAGGAACCACAGGAAGCUGAUGGGUCAGAGUGCCCCGCCCUCUACAGUUAUGAGACCUUCCCCACCUUGAGGGCGGAGCUCUUAGAUCGUCCGCAGGACCAGCUCCGUGUGCCUGCCAGGGGCAGUGCUCCCAGCAGCCCCGCCCCCCGACGCACUAAACAGGAGAUCAAGUUGGCACAGAAGCGCGCUCAAAAGUACUCAGCAGUCGCGGACAUGUGGUCCAAAUGUCUUCUGGGUCACAUGUACGGCCUGUGGUUCAUCUACCUGCCCACUUACGUGCGGGCGCAGAGCGGCAAAGUGCGCGCGCUGCAUGCUGCCUACGACGUGCUCAAACACAUGGAGAACCGCAAAGUGGUCCUUCCAGACGAGGUGUGUUACAGGAUCUUGAUGCAGCUGUGCGGUCAGUAUGGGCAGCCUGUCCUCGCCGUGCGAGUCCUUCUGGAGAUGAAGAAGGCAGGAAUCAUACCCAACACCAUCACCUACGCAUACUACAACAAGGCCGUCCUGGAGAGCAAAUGGCCAUCAACCAAUCAGGGUGGACGUUUGCGUUGGGCCAAGCUGAGGAAUGUCCUACUGGCAGUCGCCCUCUUCAGGCAGCCCAUCAAACGACGCCACAAUGGCGGCUUGCUGGGGCCACAUCCAGGACAAGCAGUGACGGACGAGCCCAGCAGGUCCCGCCCCUGCUCUUCUUUAAUUCGUCAGGCCAGUUGGAGCGGCUUGAGCGAAAGCUCCAGUCACGAAUCUCUGACGGGCUUCUUAGCGAAGAGCAACAGCCUGAGCAGUGUCAAGACACCGGCCGAGCGUAAGACACGAGGGGGGGCCAAUUCGUUUUCAACAGAGAUCAAAGCAAGCAAGAAGACGGUAGCAGCAGGUGCUGCUAAACCCCCUCUGGCGUGCAGAGACUCCACGUUACCCACAUCGCCCCCUGUUGGCACUGUGGUGCGCCGCAGUCAAAUCUGCCUGUCGUCCUUCUAUGCUGAGUCGGCAGAGUCAGAGUUGGACUGCGGCUAUCAUCCGAGGGCGACCGUCACAAAUGCGGCGGUGGAUGAGAAUGACAACGUGUCCUCACCCAGCAGAGGACUGGCGGGAAAGCUCCAGCAGCUCCUCACGCCGACACGCCACAGAUCAGCGGUACGACGGGCUGCCAGUGUGGAUGAGAGACGAGGAGGAGGAGGAGGAGGAGGGGCGUCGGGACGAAGGGUGUCGGAGCAGCGUCAGUCCAAGAAGUCACAAGUUGCUGAAACACUGCUGAAAGCCAAGGAGCGUCUGGCCAACGCCACCUCAGAGAGUUCACUCUCGGUCGGAAGUGACCUGGACUUGGCGGAGACAGCCAACGCAGCGUAUCCGCUACGCAAUUCUUGGGAUGCAAAUCAAGAAGGGGCGGGACUUGAGGUGUUGAUGUCCAGCUGCUCGCGGUGUCGCUCAUGCAACUCGCUGGUGUAUGACGAGGAGAUCAUGGCAGGAUGGACUUCGGACGACUCCAACCUCAACUCUUCCUGCCCGUUUUGCACUGCGUCCUUUGUGCCCUUCCUCAACGCCGAGAUCAGCGACCUUGGACCCGUCAGUAGUGGCGAACGCAGCAAGUGGAAUGCCGAGGAUGAGGUGGAGAGCGCUGGCGGGUCCCCCAGUGGCAAUGGAACAUCACCACCGUUUCAGUGUAACGGCGCGGGGGAAGAUGUCCCCUCCGAGGCCAGCAUGAAAACCACGUCCUCGACUGCGGGCGUGGCCCCACAGGUGACCGUGGCCUACGUGAGCCCACUGGUGCUGCGGAAGGAGCUAGAAAGCCUCCUGGAGAACGAGGGCGAGGCGGUGCUGGCGCAGCCUCAAUUCCUGGAAAGCCACUGCAUCAUCUUCUGGAACCUUCUGUGGUUCUUCCAGCGUCUCGGCCUGCCCAGUCACUUGGUGCAGCUCAUACGGGGCUCACCUCUGCUCAGCCCAUCCCUGCAGUCAGAGGGCGUGGCGCUGAGGGUGAGGCUCCUCUGGGACACGUUGACCCCGGACCCAGACACCUGGCCCCCCCUAUACGUGCUCUGGAGGCUCCACAGUGGCAUUCCAAUGCGAAGCUUCCGAUGGCGCCGCCACAAUCACCCAUUUACACUGUCCUUCCUGGAGGAGGUCCUACGCUGGGUGGGCAUGAACGAGGUCCACAAGGCCAUAACCCUUUUCCUCGACACGCUGGCCAAACAGCCAGUGCCGCCGCGCCUACAGAGGAGCGUAUACCGUGAGUUCCUCUUCCUCACACUGGCCGCCAUGGGCAAAGACCACGCCGGUAAGACCUGUGGUCCAAAGGAUGUCGUUGCGCCGCUAACGCCGUCUCUCUCGCUCUCAUCCGCAGCCGCCUUCGAUAAGAAGUACAAGGCGGCGUACUCGCGCUUGGGCAGCGUUCUAGGAAAAGACGAGCUUCGCAGGAAACGAGCUCAGCCUCCCAGCGCCAAGGCAGUCGACUGCAGACGCAGCUUCCACCCACCGCUGGAGUGCUGACUACCCAGCAUGCUCUGCUGCCACCCUGGACUGCUACGCCACUAUCUUUGGAUGUCCAGAAGACGUCAUAAUAGGAGAACAAGCUGUGACCUCCUGCCAAGCAUGGGUGGAGAAAACGGAGAACAUUUCGGACAGUGUCAGCCAUGUUGGUUGGGGUCCAAGAGUGAUAAAGAUGGCCGACGUCAGUGGGCCGCAAGCUGAAAGGAUGGAAAAGUGUGACUGACUUCCUCCUCGUUUCGUUUUGCUUGGAUACACUCAGUGCUGCCUCCUUAGUCCUCAAUGAUCCUUCUCUCAUCAGGAAGUUCUGACGUUGUCACGUCACCCUCAAAGUUUACAUUGUUGGGAGGAGACACGGUUGGGUCUGAGCGUGCUCGCUUCAUCACGUGACACUGUUCAGUUCCUGUCAUUUUAAGUUUACGCAUUUAUGCAGUAUUUCACUCCCACAAAAAAUGUGUUUUGCUUCCAUGAUGUUUGCUUUGCCUCGAUGUUUGUGUAUUUAAAUAAACUCACUGUCGUCUUCUCACUAA